AUCGACCCGCGGAACAACAUGCCCGUCGCCGCGUCGCAGUCGAUGGCGCCGGGCCAGCGUCGAAAGAUCUCCACCGAACGCCAGCGAUCGACCAUCCCAAAGUCCGGCGUGUCGUCCGCGGAGGCGUCCACGUGGACGUACCCCUCGCCGCAGAUGUUCUACAACUCGCUCGUGCGCAAGGGCAAGGCGACCGACUGCACCGAGGACGACAUGGAGUCGGUCGUGAGCGUGCACAACGCGAUGAACGAGGACACGUGGCGGCGCGUGGUGGCGUGGGAGCGGUUGCACGUCCACGAGUGCCGCGACCCGAUGUUGCUGCGAUUUCUGGGGAGGCCGGACGACCUCUCGCCGCUCGCGUGGGCGCGGUACUUGACCGGGGGCGGGAAGCCGUUCGACCGGCACGACUGGUACGUCGAUCGGUGCGGUCAACAGGUGCGGUACGUGAUCGACUACUACUUUCACGAGGACAAGGCGGGGACGCCAGGGCAGUUCGACCUCGUCGUGCGGCCGGCGGCGGAUUCGGUCGGGGCGGUGGCGGAUCGAGUGAAGAUGGCGAUAUAC